AUGCUCUCCAGUGGACUAGAACCCAGUCUGUAUUUUGUCUCUUGGAUUCCUAGGAAAUCUGUGAGGAGAGCUCGGUGUCUGAGCUUGGAAUGGAUGCUUACUCUUCUAGCUGUUGUCCAGUUUGCAUUGGAAGUGAGCGUUACAAGGUCUGUGCCCAUCUCUGUUCCCAGGACAGAGGACAGCAGCCUUCCCAGACUGCCUGCUUUGCCUUUUGAAGCUGUUCAGCCAUCCAACAGGUGUAAUUCGGGAGGUCCCAAGGUGGAAGUGGGAAGCAAAAGAGGCCCAAGUCUAACGGCCAAAUCGCAGUAUACUCACAUCAGGGAGGUGCUCUGGUUGCUGUUGGUGAAAAUGAAGUCCUUCAUGAGUGGUUCAUUGGGAUAUCAGCUAGAGUUCUGGUGUGCUGCAGAUACGGCUCUGGGGCAAUCUGGAAAGAAUUUAGCAUGGGGAGAUUCUACUUUUGGUGCUGGUGCUGAUCAUUCCCCACCUUCUGCUCAGUAUAUGGAAAAUAAAAUAAAUAAUGUAAAACUGAGGUCUGUUAGCAUUUUCAGAAAUCAGGUAAUACUCUACGGGGAUUUGCCAAAAAAUAAAGAAAAUGUAAUAUAUUUAUCAAAUCAUCAGUGUACAGUUGAUUGGAUUAUUGCGGACAUGCUGGCAAUUAGGCAGAACGCUCUGGGGCAUGUCCGGUAUGUCUUGAAAGAUGGGUUAAAAUGGCUUCCGCUGUACGGGUGGUAUUUUUCACAGCAUGGAGGAGUCUAUGUAAAAAGAAGUGCCAAAUUCAAUGAAAAAGAAAUGAGAGAGAAGUUGCGGGCCCAGAUGAAAGCUGAGACUCCGAUGUAUUUAGUGAUUUUUCCAGAGGGGACUCGUUACAAUCCAGAAAUACCAAAAGUCAUUGCAGACAGUCAAUCAUUUGCUGAAAAGGAAGGGACAUAA